CCUGCAUUGACCAGGGAUACUCAGGUGGGAAGAGACCAGCUAAAGAAGGAAAGAAAAAAUACAAAUCAAGUGGAGACUGAAAAGAGGAGGAUAAGAACAGUUUCAUACCUGCAAACAUUUCCUCGAACUAGAAGAUCACCUACUCAGUCUGACCCUGCAGGAUGUGGCUCCAGGUGUCUCUCCUCUGUCUGUCCUGUUUAACUCUGCCCAUCCGAAGCCAGGCCCAAGACCGAGCCUCCCUCCGCCGCUCCAACGACCACGCCGGGCGCUGCCACUACACCUUCACCGUGGCCAGCCCGGAGGAGUCCAGCUGCUCCGGGGGGGGCAUGAAACCAGAGAUGGACGGAGUCUCGUCCCGACUCACCCUGCUGGAGGCUUUGGUCAGCCGUCUGAUAGCAGGAGUGGAUGGAGACGCCGCGACUGGGGUGAGGGCUAACGGCGAAGAGGGUCUCCAGGAAGCUUACUCCCAGGUAACGAGGGAGAGAAACCAGCUGCAGCAGGACAAGGAGCGUCUGAACGGGCAGGUCCAGGAGCUGCAGAGGAGGCUGGCCGAGCUGAGUCAAGAGGCAGAGAGCCUCAAGCAGAUACCCUGCGAGCAGACGCAAACCUCAGGGGGGACACAGCGUGGAAACAGACCUGCCAGUGACCCUGCAUAUGAUCUUGGGAAUGGUGCAUACCAGGAGAUGAAGGCUGAGGUUACGGAGGUUCCAGCAUCCCGCCUCAUUCCUGAAGGAAAUCAGAACUUCACAGGCUGUGGAGAGCUGCAAUCAGUGGGUGAUCCCGUGUUGCACAAGAAGGCUGACAGCAUCACAGGGAAGUAUGGAGUGUGGCUGCAGGAUCCCGAGCCUCAGGGCCCUCAUUACACUAACAAGACCGUGUGGCGUAUCGACACAGUUGGUAAAGACGUCCGUCAGCUCUUUGCAUACGAAGACAUGGAUCAAUUAUCCCAAGGCUUCCCCAUGAAGGUCCUGGUCCUGCCGGAGCCCAUGGAGAGCACAGGGGCAACCAUGUACCGCGGCUCCCUUUACUACCAGCGCAAACGGAGUCGCACCCUGAUCCGUUACGACCUGUCCUCCGAGAGCCUGGCGUCACGCCGAGAGCUGCCUCACGCCGGCUUCCACGGCCAACACCCGUACUCCUGGGGCGGCUACACCGACAUCGACCUGGCGGCGGACGAACAGGGCCUGUGGGCAAUCUACAGCACGAGCAAGGCGAAGGGCGCAAUCGUGAUUUGCCAGCUGAACCCCGAAAGCCUGGAGGUGAAGAGGAGCUGGGAGACCAACAUCAGGAAGAACACAGUGGCUAACGCUUUCAUGGUGUGUGGACGCCUGUACACGGUGGCCAGCUACACUGCACCCAACACCACCAUCAACUACGUGUUCGACACGGCCACCGGCGUGGGGCAGGCCAUUGCCGUGCCCUUCAAGAACAAGUACCGUUACAACAGCAUGGUGGACUACAACCACGGCCAGAGGAAGCUGUACGCUUGGGACAACUUCCACAUGGUCACCUAUGACAUCAGACUGGGCAGAGCCAGCCAAGGCAGCAGCUAAAGACGAUACAUACUACUGUUUACAGGACUGUGCUGUUGCAAGAGCAAACAUAUAAUCAUUUGCAUUGUACAAUCUGUGUGUUUUUGAAUCAUUUAAAUCUAUUUUUUUCUAUCACUAUUGUAAAUAAGAUUUAUUAUGGCAACAAAAAUAUAUUCAUAAAGCAGAUUAACGUAGCUAGAGCCCUUGUGAUGAUCUCAUUACAAACAGUAAUCAUGAUUUAAAGUUGUUGAAUAUUUUUGUUAUCUGUAUAUAAAUGUUGACUGUUAUUUAAGUUCUCAAUAAAAAACAAAAAUACGCA